GAUUCUUCGAACUCUAUCAACAAUUAUCCACUCCAUUGCCCUUCAUUUCCCUCCAUCUCCCCUGAGCGCCAAUGAGUUCACCCUCGCCGGAGAAGAAACAAUGGGGAGAGAAGGUUUCGCAGACGGUUUUCUCAGCAUAUAACCGUCUCCCUAAGAAAGGAAAACCUCAGGGUCGUGAAGUCACCGUCUUGGCCGCAUUCCUCACUUCUUCCCCCUCCCAAGAAUUGAAAGUGGUUGCAUUGGGGACAGGAACUAAGUGCAUUGGGCGUUCGCGUCUUAGUGUUCAUGGUGACGUUUUGAAUGAUUCUCAUGCUGAGAUUGUAGCUAGAAGAGCUUUACUUAGGUACUUCUAUUCUGAGAUUCAAAAGAGUAGCAUGCAGUUGCCAGACUCCAUUUUUGAGUCAGGUGGUUUUGGCAGUGGUAAAUACAAGAUGAGACCCGGUUGGCAAUUGCAUUUAUACAUAUCACAGUUGCCUUGUGGAGAUGCCUCCCUCAAUUCACAGCUUUUUCCUUGCUUGAAUAGUUCGAUAAAAGAAGGGUGUUCAAUAUCCUCAACAACCAAACUGAAUGAUCUUAUGGAGGAAUUCUUGGAGUCAUCCAUGAAGAACAAUGGUGACUGUUCUCAUGUGAUUGGCACUGUUCAAAGGAAACCUGGGCGUGGUGAUGCAACUUUAUCAGUGAGCUGUUCUGAUAAAAUUUCCCGUUGGAAUGUUGUUGGUGUCCAAGGGGCUUUACUUUCUCACUUUCUACAGCCAGUUUACAUAUCAUCAAUAACUGUGGGGCAAUCUCGAAAUUGUUCUGAUAAGGAAGUAGAAGAGCAGUUGACAAGGGCGUUGAGUGAUAGAGUAUUACCAUUAUCAAAGAAACUAACAAGUCCAUUUAAAGUGAAUAAGCCGUUGUUUUCGGUAGCUUCGGUACCCCUCGAGGUGUUUCGCCAUGCUGAAACUGCUGCAUCCACUUUAACAUGCGGAUAUUCAAUAAGCUGGAAUAAGUCGGGCCUUCAUGAAGUCAUUCUUGGAACCACUGGUCGGAAGCAGGGGACAUCUGGAAAAGGUGCCAUGCACCCCUCUUCAGAAUCAACUUUAUGCAAGAAGAGAAUGUUGGAGUCAUUCUUGUCACUGAGUCGAAGUUUACCCAAUUCUUCAUUGAGUGAAACUUCUUACCAGAGACUAAAGGAGAGGGCCAAUGAAUAUAAUUCAGCCUUGAAAUUGAACUUCAGGGGCCUGGGCUGCCAUUGUUUUCCAAGGCGUUUUCUUUGCCAUUUCGUAUUUUAGUUUUAUUCUUUUUGAAAUUUCAUUUUGCAUGUAAUUUAAAGCUGUUGUAAUAUCUACUUUGUUAAAAGAAUACCUUGCAAUUUAUUUUAGAUGCUAAAUUGGUUUAUCAUGAA